UUUUAUCGCAGAGCCACAUUUCCCACCUGUCACCACAAGGGGUACGCAGGACACAUUGUGAAGGCAAAGCUUCAGUAACCAAGCUGAUCAGUUUAGCCCAGAGUGAUUGUGUGAAACUGGAGAGAUUCUUGCUAGCACAAGAACCUGCUACUCACAGGACCAGCAGCACAUCUGGAGGUGUAAGCCUUUGUUAGAGGAUACAGGGUCUAUUAUUCCUGAGCACCCUGCCUAAUGGAUAGCACUGAUACACAAGAAUAAAAAACAAAACAAACAAAAAAAAAAAAACACAAAGAUCCAAGUAUCAAAACAGCAGCAUUGUAUCAAUCUGUUAUUUUUUUGGCUGCUUCACUGGAUACAGGGAUGGAUUUUGGAACCUUCUGCAAGAUGGUGAUUCUGAUGGUACCCAGCAUCAUGAUCACAGCAGUGGCAGGAAGCAAAUAUGAUUGUGAGGGUCAUCUAGCAUCUUCACUGCCUCCAGCCUCCUUUAGCAGCUCAUCAGAACUGUCCAGCAGUGAUAGUGCAGGUUUUGCAAGACUAAACAGAAGAGAUGGAGCUGGUGGUUGGUCUCCACUUAUCUCAAAUAAAUAUCAGUGGCUCCAGAUAGAUUUAGGAGAAAGAAAUGAAAUCACUGCAAUUGCAACACAAGGCAAAUAUGGGAGUUCAGACUGGGUAUCCAGCUACUUACUAAUGUUUAGUGACACUGGAAGAAAUUGGAAGCAAUAUCAUCAAGAGGAAAGCAUUUCGGCAUUUAUAGGAAAUACAAACGCUGACAGUGUUGUUCAACAUAAACUUCAGAAGCAUAUUAUAGCUAGAUUUAUGCGUUUUAUUCCUUUGGAUUGGAAUCCCAAUGGCAGGAUUGGAAUGAGAAUAGAGAUAUACGGAUGUACAUAUAGAUCAGACAUAGUUUACCUGGAUGGGAAAAGCUCCAUAUUGUAUCGUUUUCAACAGAAAUCAAUGAUUACCAUGAAAGAUGUGAUUUCUCUUAAAUUUAAAACAUUGCAAAGCGAUGGAAUUUUGCUCCAUGGGGAAGGCCAAAAUGGUGAUUUUAUCAUGCUGGAGCUUAGAAAAGGAAGGCUUUCUUUAAUUAUUCACCUUGGAAAUGUAGAAUUUCAUCCUUCUAAUCCGCGUGUUAAUGUCUCCCUGGGAAGCCUGUUAGAUGAUCAGCAAUGGCAUUGGGCUGUCAUAGAGCGGUUUGGCAGACAAGUCAAUUUUACUGUUGACAGACAUGUGCACCAUUUCUACAUGAAGGGGGACAUCGAUUAUUUGGACAUUGAUUAUGAGCUUAGCUUUGGAGGGAUCCCAUCUCAAGGAAAAGCAACAUCAUUACUGCAAAAUAAUUUCCAUGGAUGUUUUGAAAAUCUUUACUAUAAUGGUGUGAACAUUAUUGAUUUGGCAAAGAGAUAUAAACCCCAAAUCAACAUUGUGGGAAAUGUCUCCUUUACAUGCCUGGAACCACAAGUUGUGCCCGUUACAUUUGUAAAUUCAAAUAGUUAUUUAAUUUUACCUGACAUAUCACAACAAAAUGAAUUAAGUGUUCGUUUUCAUUUCCGUACAUGGAACAGAGAAGGAUCUCUCUUUUCUACAAAACUUGGAACAUUGUCACACCAUUUUGUAUUGCAUAUUGUUGAAGGAAAACUUAAAAUUAGCCUGUUCAAACAUGGUAAAAUGUAUUUGGAUAUUAUUUCAGGUUUUAAAGUAAAUAAUGGCCAGUGGCAUGCAGUUUCUUUAGUGGUAAAAAGAAAUCACGUGAGCGUAACCAUGGACAAUGACGAAUCCUUAACAAUGCAAGCAACCUUGCCAUUUCAGGUAUCAUCUGUUGAGAAUUACUAUUUUGGAGGUUGUCCUGAUAACAAUACUCAUUAUUGGGGUAUGAAUCCUAUACGAGGCUUUCUUGGGUGUAUGAAGUUAAUUUCUAUAGGUGGAAAGAUGGUAGAUCUUAUUUUAGUACAGCAAGGAGUGCUUGGAAAUUUCAGUGAUCUUCAAAUUGAUGUAUGUGGAAUCAUGGACAGAUGUUUCCCAAACUACUGCGAGCAUGGAGGGGAAUGCUCACAAACAUGGAAUGACUUUUACUGCAAUUGUUCAGAUACAGGGUAUAUGGGAGCUACUUGUCAUUACUCUAUUUAUGAGCAAUCCUGUGAAGCCUAUAAGCAUAAGGGUAAUACGUCGGGGUUAUACUUUGUUGAUGCUGAUGGAAGUGGACCCCUAGAGCCAUUUUCUGUAUUCUGUAAUAUGACCGACAUAGCAAUAAGUGUUAUAAAUCACAACAAUAUGGAACUGAAUAAGGUGAAGAAUUCUAAUCGGGAAAACCCACAUUCAGCUAAUUUCAAAUACACUGCUGAUGCAGGCCAGCUUGAGGCUACAAUUUUAAAUGCAGAAUACUGUAAGCAAGAACUUGCUUAUCACUGUAAAAAAUCACGUAUUCUACAUAAACAAAGCCACAUACCUUUCAGUUGGUGGGUUGGACGAACAAAUGAAACACAAUUUUAUUGGACCGGUUCUUCAUCCAAUGUCAAAAAAUGUUCAUGUGGGCUUGAAGGAAAUUGUGUUGAAGCUGAACUCUAUUGUAAUUGUGAUGCAGACAAAAAUGAAUGGUCAAAUGACACAGGAUUCCUUACUAGUAAAGAUCAUCUACCAGUUAUGCAAAUCGUCAUAACAGACACCGAUAGAGUCCAUUCAGAAGCUGCUUACAAAGUUGGGCCUCUACUUUGCUGGGGUGAUAGAAGUUUUUGGAAUUCAGUCUCCUUUACUACAGUGUCAUCAUAUCUUCACUUCCCCACACUUCAGGGAGAACUUAGUGCAGACAUAUCCUUCUUCUUCAAGACUACAUCACCCUCUGGAUUAUUUUUGGAAAAUCUUGGAAUCAAAGAUUUUAUUCGAAUUGAAUUGCAAUCUCCAACGGAAGUGGUCUUUUCAUUUGACGUGGGGAAUGGGCCAAUUGAGGUCAUAAUGCAGUCUCCAACUCAUUUAAAUGACAAUCAGUGGCACUAUGUGAGAGCAGAAAGAAAUGUAAAAGAAUCAUCUCUUCAAGUGGACCUACUACCACAAAAAACAUAUAUUUCUCCUUUUGACGGACAUAUACGUUUGCAGCUUAACAGUCAACUAUUUAUAGGGGGAACAGCAUCAAGACAAAAAGGAUUCCUAGGAUGUAUCCGUUCUUUAAAAUUAAAUGGCGUCCCUCUUGAUUUAGAAGAGAGGGCUAAAAUGACUCCAGAUAUUAAACCAGGAUGCCCUGGUCACUGUAGUAGUUAUGGGAGCUUAUGUCACAAUGGUGGAAAAUGCAUUGAGAAAUAUAAUGGAUUUUCCUGUGAUUGCAAAUAUUCUGCAUAUACUGGUUCAUUCUGCAAAAAAGAAAUAUCAGCAUCAUUUGGAGCAGGGUCUUCAUUGACCUAUAAUUUUCAAGAGAAUUAUAACACAUCAAACAACUACAGCUUGCCUGCAUCUUCCCUUUCCACAGAUUCAACUACCAGAGAAAAUAUUGCAUUUAGUUUUCGGACGACACAGACACCAAGCUUACUGUUUAUCUUAAACUCUGCCAAUAAGGAAUACAUUUCUAUUAUAUUAACAAAAAAUGGAAGUUUGCAAAUAAGAUACAAGCUAGAUCGUGAUCUUGAUCCUGAUGUCUUCAGCAUCAAUUUAAAAAAUUUAGCCGAUGGUAAUCUACACCGUAUAAAGAUUUUAAGAAAGGAGGAAACUCUCUUUGUUGAGGUAAACCAAUAUGCAACUGUAAAAUUCCUCCUCACUUCAGAUAUAGAUCUAACUGCAACCCAGUCUCUUAUGCUUGGUAAAAUAUCAGCUGAAAACAAUGGAUUAGAUCUGGAAACCAUAAAAGCAGGCACAGCCGGGUUUAUUGGCUGUCUUUCCUCAAUGCAUUUUAACCAUGUUUUCCCUCUGAAAGAUAUUUUUUUCCAUGAUAAAUUAACCCGGGUAACAAUAAAAGGGCAAAUCACAGGAUCCAAUUGUGGUUCAUUAAAUGGAGUGGAUUCAGCAUUAAGUGAAAAGACCCAUUCAUUUGCAGACCACUCAAAACCAAAAGAUGAAGAUCCAAUAGUUGAUUCUAUCAAAAGUGACUCUGCAGUCAUUUGGGGUGUAAUAUCGGUUGUGGUGUUCAUUCUGCUUUUUGUCAGUGCUAUAGCAGUAAAAAUCCAUCUGCAAAAGAAUGCAUAUAAAAACAAGGAAGCCAAAGGAUCAAAAAAUGAGGACAAGACAGAAAGAGUAACAACCCUGAAAACAGAAAUCAGUAUGCAAAAUGCAAUCGACGAGAGUCAAAAAGAAUAUUUUUUCUAAAGACUCUUAUUGUUUAACUGAACAAUGAGACAGGAAGUUUUUUCUUGCUAAGCAAGGGGUACUAAGCAAACAACAAAACCAUAAUAUUGUACAUAAACCGCAAACAAACAAUGAACUGGAGACGUGUUAUCGAGUUUAGAAUCAUGUGAUUACUAGAAGAGCCCUUGAAAACUACAUGCAUUACUAACAUGACCAGUCCUACCACAUAGGUGAACUAGGUGGCAGCCUUAGAUUUUGGUGGUAGAAGCUGUCAUGAUGUUCUUCCUUGUGGUAGAAUGAUAAUUGGGGGGUGCCGAACACUUAGAUUGGGUUAGAACACUAGAAACCCUUGGGCCAUCCCUGAUUUCUUAGUUUUCAUAAAUGCAUUUUUGGUGAAAGUGAUCUCUGUAUUGUACACAAUUUUAAUAUUGGUAGUUUCAGACUCUUCUGAUGUGAUUUUAUUGAUCUUCAGAAUGUCAUAUUUAUUACCAUUUCAAAUUUCUGGACUGUUCUGAAGUUGCAGCUCUUAGGUAUCUUUGUGUGGUUUUGAAAAGUUUUGUUUUAGGUAAUUCUGGUCUAUAAUAUCCACCUUCAAAAGGAAAAAUGAUGUUGUGUUAUAAAA